AUUUUCUGGGAUAGAGACGAUUUUUCAGCCGGUUUCCAGUUUGUUUCCACUCGGCGAGCACAGCGGCGGCUGGGAGAUGCGCCCCCGGACAGUGGUUUGCUGUGGGUAAAGUGAGAGAAAGGGCGCAUUGUAGCGGUCCGUGGCAGCGCAUUGAUAACCCCGUGGAAUAAAACUGGAUCAUUUGAAUGGGAGAGACAAAAAAAAGCGCCUGGUUAUCUGACUCGUGUGGUUUCAUGAGAAUGGGGCGGUAAAGAAAGAAGCCCAUGUUAACUGAGGACAUGAGAAUUGGGAGUGUAGCAAAACGCUCGGCUGCGGUGGUCUGUGUUUGAGUCUCCAUCCGAAGGGUCCAGUCUGCACACCGUUAUUCAUGUUGCAAGACCCUGGUUUAUGACAAUGGAUUACUUGCUGUGGGUAUGCAGCCUCAUUUUCCCCGUCGUACUGGGUGUAGAAGAAACACUAAUGGACAGUCGAUGGGCAACCACAGAGCUGGCUUGGACCACAUUCCCAGAGAGCGGGUGGGAGGAGGUUAGUGGCUACGAUGACUCCAUGAGCCCCAUCAGAACGUACCAGGUGUGUAACGUCCGGCAGCCAAACCAGAACAACUGGCUGAGGACGGACUUUAUUCCCCGCAAGGGAGUGCUGCGUGUCUACGUGGAGCUCAAGUUCUCCGUUCGCGACUGCGCCAGCAUCCCCAACAUCCCUGGCUCAUGCAAAGAGACCUUUAAUCUGUUCUACUACGAGUCUGAGGGGGAUACAGCCACAGACAACAGCCCUCUCUGGAGGGAGAACCCCUACGUGAAGGUGGACACUAUCGCCCCGGACGAGAGUUUUUCUUUGCUGGAGGCAGGCAGGAUCAACACCAAAGUGCGCAGCUUCGGCCCGCUUUCCAAAGCCGGCUUCUACCUGGCAUUCCAGGACCUCGGCGCCUGCAUGUCUCUCAUCUCAGUCAGGGUUUUCUUUAAGAAGUGCUCCACCACCAUUGCCAAUUUCGCUGUGUUCCCCGAGACGGCCACGGGGGCAGAAGCCACCUCCUUAGUGAUAGCCCCGGGGGCCUGUGUGUCCAACGCUAUGGAGGAGUCCGUCCCUCUCAAGCUGUACUGCAAUGGCGACGGGGAGUGGAUGGUUCCUGUGGGCUCCUGCACCUGCAUAGCCGGGUUUGAACCAUCUGCAGAUGAUACUCAGUGCCAGGCUUGCAGCCCCGGGACCUUCAAAGCCAGAUACGGGGAGGGAUCCUGCGUCCCGUGCCCUUCCAACAGUCGCACCAGCGCACGGGGAGCCAACAUCUGCCCCUGCCAGAAUGGUUUCUACCGAGCCGACAGCGACCCUCCUGACUCUGCCUGCACUACUAUCCCUUCAGCACCUCAGAAUGUUAUCUCCAGCGUGAAUGAAACCUCGCUGUCCUUGGAGUGGGAGGAGCCCGAGGACACGGGCGGGCGGACCGACCUGGUGUAUAACGUGGUGUGCAAGAAGUGCCUGCGAGACCGGAGCCCGUGCACUCGCUGCGACGACAACGUGGACAUCGCGCCGCGCAGGCUGGGUCUGCGGCAGAGGAAAGUGGUGGUGAGGAACCUCCAGGCGCACACCCGCUACAGCUUCGAGGUCCAGGCUGUCAACGGGGUUUCUGGGAAAAACCCCUCCGCCCCGAGCUACUCCACCGUCAACAUCACCACCAACCAGGCCGCACCUUCGGCGGUGCCCACCGUCCACCUGAUGAGGUCGACUGCAGACACACUCAGCCUGUCAUGGCUGCCACCUGAGAAACCCAACGGAGUCAUCCUCGACUACGAGAUUAAAUACUAUGAAAGGGGCCAGGCGAUGUCCCACACCGUGACGUCCCAGCACAGCUCAGCCAAGGUGGAGGGGCUGCGGGCCGCCACACCCUACGUGGUGCAGGUCAGAGCUCGCACGGUUGCCGGGUACGGACGCUACAGCAACCCCAUGGACUUCAGCACCAGCCUGCACAGUGACCCUCAAAAGUCGGUGCAGGACCAGCUGCCUCUCAUCAUCGGCUCGGCCUCUGCGGGUCUGGUGGUCAUCGUUGCCCUGGUGGUUAUCGCUGUGGUCUGCCUUAAGAAGCAACGCAGCGGCUCUGAGAUGGAGUACACAGAGAAAUUACAGCAAUACAUUUCUCCAGGAGUCAAAGUGUACAUCGACCCUUUUACGUACGAGGACCCCAAUGAAGCCGUCCAUGAGUUUGCCAAAGAAAUAGACAUCUCCUGUGUGAAAAUAGAAGAAGUCAUCGGUGCAGGUGAAUUUGGCGAGGUGUGCCGUGGGCGGCUCAAGCAGCCCGGUCGCAGGGAGGUGGUGGUGGCUAUCAAGACUCUGAAAGCCGGCUACACCGAGCGCCAGAGGCGGGAUUUCCUUGCCGAGGCGUCAAUCAUGGGCCAGUUCGACCACCCCAACGUGAUCCGGCUCGAAGGCGUCCUGACACGCAGCUGCCCCGUCCUUAUCAUCACCGAAUUUAUGGAGAACGGAGCGCUCGAUUCCUUCCUCAGGCUGAAUGACGGGCGCUUCACCAUGACACAGCUGGUUGGGAUGCUGCGCGGCAUCGCUGCAGGCAUGAAGUACCUGUCAGACAUGAACUACGUUCACAGAGACUUGGCUGCUCGUAACAUCCUGGUCAACAGCAACUUGGUCUGCAAAGUUUCAGACUUCGGCCUGUCGCGCUUCCUCGAUGACACUUCCUCCGACCCCACUUACACCAGCUCUUUGGGAGGGAAGAUUCCCAUCCGGUGGACGGCGCCGGAGGCCAUCGCCUUCAGGAAGUUCACCUCCGCCAGUGACGUGUGGAGUUACGGGAUCGUCAUGUGGGAGGUGGUGUCCUACGGGGAGAGGCCUUACUGGGACAUGAGCAACCAGGACGUGAUGACAGCAGUGGAGCAAGACUACAGGCUGCCCCCGCCCAUGGACUGUCCCAUGGUGCUCCAUCAGCUGAUGCUGGAGUGCUGGGUGAAGGAGAGGAACCUGAGGCCCAAGUUCUGCCGCAUCGUCAGCACCCUGGACAAGCUGCUCCGAAACGCGGCCAGCCUCAAGGUGGUGACCAGCACCUACUCAGGGGAUCUGCUGCGACUUGGAGGGACGCUGCCCGGCCACCACAGGAAGAGUCCGGACAGCAGUCAGGAAAUCGUUCGGCAACAGAUGAGCCAAACUCUCCCCAUCCGAGUGUGAGCUAACUUGGAGAAAACAAGAGGCGAAGCGGCGGACACAGAAGGCAUACAAACUACCUAGAAACUCUAACGUGAAGAGCUUGAUGUAAAAAUAAAAAAAGAAAAAUGAGAAAAAAAACAUGACGGAAUUUACCACCACAGAGAGGACCUUUUCGGAGAUUUCGUGCUGCGAGCAAAUGGAGAUUUAAUGUGCGUUAAAACAGAACUUACCGUUGCAAUGUGUGUUCAUAACUUGACACUUGUGGAUUUGUGAAAAUGUCUAUUGACAUAAAGCCAAACUUCCUAUUGCCCCUUCUCAGGUUGUGUUUGCAUGUCUGCAUGUGUUUUCUGCUGGUUGGGAAGCGCUCCCUCUCCCUCAGUGAUAUCGGUCUCUCCUUACCUUCACCUCCUCCGAGUCCUCGCACACCUGGUCAGACUGUGGAUGGGAGAACUCGCAAAGCGUCUAGGACGAUACGACAGUGCCAAGAUUAAGUCAAGUUUUUGCUCAACACUGACUCUAAGAGAGAGAGAGAGAGCUCAGCAUCUGCAGAUGUUGAAUCCAAUCAUGAUUUUUUUCCAACUCUGCUCUUUCUUUUUUUUCCCUUUUGCUUUUUGUUUUUUUGUUUUUUCUUUUUUCUUUUUUGAGAAAAAUAAAUUUCUCAUCUGCUUCCUCUUCAAUGUCGUCUUCCACACGGACUGGGAGAUUUUACUGUGUAACAAUUCUGUACAAAGUAUCUGAGGUCUUCACACAAUCUCUGUGGUCAGUGGCUGUGACCUGGAGAUGGAACUGACUGGACACUGUGCGGGACACAUCACGUGCAUGCCAAAGUGGAAGCUUUAUGGGAAAAAACAAGCAAACGUAGAAAUAGAUCCCACAUAACUGUUGCUUUGUUGGCAUUUACCGUAUGGACUUUAUUGUCCAUAUUUUCUUAGUCUUAUUUCAUUCAUAUAUGCAUUGUUUUGAAUGCUAAGUUAUUGCCUAUUAUUGCAAAAGGAGUAUUCUGUGUUUUUUACAAGUAUCGGGGCUUAUCUUUUUUAUUAUAAUGCUUGUUUUUUCACACUUAAACAAACUAGACAGACAUGAAUGAGUGAGCGAGAAGGAGACAUUCUGCCCAGGCAGAAUAAAAUCACUGAGGAUAUUUUGUUAAGUUUGCUGUUCAGGAUUUUCAAAUGAAAAGUGCCCGUGGUAGUGGUGUGUUGUAUUAUUUACUUUGGAAAAUGUGUUGCAGAUCAGUCGGAAUUAAAAAGAUCAUUAUCCUGAUGGUAGUUUUGUGACCUUAAUAUGGACCUGACCUACAAAACAUUCAUGUAGUACAAAUCUCUCAUUGGUUAGUUUCUCCUGACAUGUAUUUUGUUAAGCACGCCAGCUGUCAGCGCAGUUCCUAUUUAAAAGACUGCCUGUAUAUACUAUAUUUCUAUUAGACCAAUCUGCUAAGCAUUCGCAGCCAUUUGACCUGACUUUGGCCUCUCCAUGACCCUCGUUUAUAUGCUUGUUUGUUUGUUUUAUUGUUGAGAAGCAAACAACUGGUAAAUUACAGUUUAAUGAUCAUUACCUAGCUAAAACUGUAUGUCACAAUGAAAGAAGAAAUUGUGUGUCUGUUAGGGCAGACUUUUUCCUGUGCAAUUAAAGGUGUAUUAGAUUGUAAAAAAAAAAAAAAAAAAAAAAGACAGACAGAAAAUUAGAACAAAAAUAAGCAUUUCUCUUUCAGUAUUUUUACGAUAAUCAUAUGCAAAUAAAUUAUUAAACGGA